AUGGUGGGAUCCCACGUGCCGACUCCGGCGUACCACAAGCUGCCCAGGUCGCCUCCAGGCGACAUGCAAUCCUUCACGACUAUGCGUAGAAAGCACCAGUGGCAGUCAGUGCGUAGCGGCGCGGUGGUGCUGGUGUUGGUGGUAGAGGAAGGCAUAGCAUGGCAUAGCCUUUUGGCACUGCCUGUUGCAGAAAGCAUGAUGUGCUUGACGGAGGUAUAUGAGCAGUCCCAUAUCGUGGAGGCCCAGCAGGAGAGUCCAAAAGCUCCCAGGCUCGAGCCUGUGCUGCUUCUGAAGACUGGCUUGUGGGAAGACUCCACGGAUGUCGAGGAGCGAUCGGCAUCAAAGGACUCCACGCCCAUCGAUGAAUCUUCGAUGUUGGAGCGGAACCUGCUGCUGCACCAGCUCGGUGAAGGGCCGAGCUGCGAUGCAGGAGAUCCGAAUUACAAUGCCAUCAGUCUAAGACCAAGGAUGGUUGCCGAAACGGUGAUAGCUGUGAAUUCUGCCACUUCUGCUCUCCAGCAGCCGUUAAAGAAAGUCGGGUUGGUGCGGCUGGGCUUUCCUGGCGAAGCAGACACGCUGAUAUCUCCAAUGCAGAUUCCACAAAGCUGUGAUCUUGAGGAAGGUGCCCGGUUAGCGCAUCCAAGCCCGAUGGACGCGCAGAACGAUGCAGGCAAUCAGAGCUUGAAGUGGGUCGAAGGAAUUGCGAAGACAUCCCUGGAUGUCACAUGCAAAGCCGUGACAGGGCCGCAGCUUCAGAUUGCGGGAAAGCAGGAAGAUGGGAGAGUCUACGCCCUCCUGGUGCGCGACAUCCUCUUCUUGCUGCUGCUCUUUGCCGUGCCAACCGGAGCCUUCCUCUGUGCUUUCGAUCGAACGCUGGCAGCUACGCUGGUUGCCAGCAGCUUGAUAUCUCUGGCCAUCGAGCUGUAUCGACAGAGGAAGCGCUGCCUGCCGUACCCCGUGUAUCUGGUCUUGGUCUAUGCUGUGCAGAUCCUUUGUUGCCUGCCGUCUCUACACAGCAGCCUCAGUCUAGAAAUCCCAAGACACGGUUCCGCGACUGCCGCGACAAUUUCCAUCGUCAUGGCAGCGCACAACGAGCAUCAGUACUUGAAGCGAACGCUCGACUCCAUUAUCGACAGCACUCCGCUGGAUGCGCUGGUGGAGAUCAUCCUUGUGGACGACGGCAGCUCUCCGCCGCUGGCACCCUUGGUGACCUCUUAUAGCCUGGUGAAGCUGCUGCGGCACGAAAGCCGCCGUGGCUUAAUCAAGUCCAAGACAGAGGGCGGGAAUCGGGCGACGGGCGACGUCAUCAUGUUCUUAGAUGCUCACGUCCGACCUGUUCCAGGCUGGCACGUACCGCUGCUGAGACACAUCGGCCAAAACUACAAGCGCGUAGUCGUUCCGCUGAUACCCAUCCUGAAUGCGGACACCUGGGAAGUCAACAACAAUGCCAUUGGUGUGAAGAUGAUGUUCGACUGGACACUUUUCUUCAAUUGGUUCGAAGAUGGCAGCGACAUUGUGCCGUGCAUGAGCGGAGGUCUUUUCGCCAUCUCGAAGCGUUGGUGGCACGAGUCGGGUGAGUACGACUAUGGCAUGAAUAUGUGGGGUGCAGAGAACAUCGAGCAGUCCAUUCGGAUCUGGCUCUGUGGGGGCGAGAUCUUCGUGGCGCGAGACUCCCGUGUUGCCCACGUUUUCCGAAGAUCCUUCCCAUAUGCGGUGAACAACACCGAAGUCUACAUCAACAAGGUGCGGACAGUGGAAACCUGGUUUGACGACUACAAGCGAUUCGUCUAUGCUGCUGACCCCGCAGCGCAGCGAUUCGUUUCCAGCAUGGGCGACAUCUCAGAUCGAGAAGCGUUGAAGUCCCAGCUGAACUGCAAGCCCUUCAGUUGGUACGUCGCGAAGUUCAAGGAUGUCUUUGAGAGCAAGAACAUGUUGCCCAAAGACAUGUUCCUGAUCCGUGACACUGGCACGGGCCUUUGCGUUCUACCGGAGCGGCGUACCCAUCGGUUGCUUGAAGGGCCCUGCCGCACGGAGGACAGGCGUCUCCGAUGGACCUACGCGAACAAGGGGCGCAGCCUGCAACAUGUUGACACGGAGACGUGCUUGGACGCCGAUGCGGCGGAGACGCAGAAGGUCGGUGCAAAGGUGCUGCUUUAUCGCUGUAUACAAAGCUCACCCAUGCAGGAGUGGACAUUUCGACAGGGCCACUUGAAGUUUGCCAGCCUUUGUGUCAACGGCUCGGCGGAGGGCGACUUGACCUUCGCGCGCUGCGGAAACUUCCUGCAAGAGCGAGGCCCCUUCGAGCCCUUCGACCAGAAGGCCAUGGGACCGUUCCCUGCACGAAGGUCAGCCGCCGGCUAA